GCUCGAGCCGACUCGCUUGGGUCCGACUUGGCUUGCCGGUCUGGCCCGCCACUCGAUCAGCGUUUCUUGGCAGCGAUAGACGCGUCUCGGUUCGGCUCGGUUCGGUUCGGUUUCGUUUGGUUUGGUGAUUGGAUUUUGGUUUUCGAUUCGAUUAAGUUGGCUGGCUGGACUGCUACGAUUGAGUGCUCCAAGGUGUCGCCAAGAGAACUGAUUUAUCAGGGCACCCCCACUGGCGGGCAAUGUGUGCUGCUGGUGCCUUCCCACUGGCCAUAUAAUUGCUGUCGGAGAGCACGCCCAAUGGAGUCCGCCACACCAGGAGCGGAUGUGGAUGCCAGCGGCGAGCCAAACACCCCCAGCCAGGGCACACAGACGACCCAAAUUACCUCCAUCGAUGGAUUCUUCAAUCGGAAACGCGGCCGUCCGCCCAAGAAUCGCUUUGUGGAGGUCUACAAGAGCGCUCAGCUGUCGCCGCAGGCCAUCUUUACCAGCUUCAAAUUGGAGAGGAAUGAGCAACCGAGUGCUGCGCCUGCUGCUGCCACCCCAAGUGGCGCCGCAACGGGCGAGAGUGGAGAGGAGCGUGCAGGAAGAGCCACAGAUCUCACCCCUAGUCGGAGCCGGAAGCGGAGUCGCUGGUGGGCCACAUGCCCGGAGGAGACGAGCAAACGAAUCCAAGUCCAAGUCAGCCCCAAGGAGGAAGCCUCAGCCCAGCCCAUUCCUCACUCUGCAGAUGCAGUAUCAUCAAAGAACGUCUCGGGCAGAGUUCCGGAGAGGGUUUCCGUUGUCCGUGCGGCAGGAACUUUCUAUCCGGAGAACGCCUGCACCGCUCACCAGACCGAAGUGGCCGAUAGGAUGGGCCAAAAGGAAGCGGACUUGGCGUUGGACCAGCCCGAAGAUCUGAGCAUGCGCCCAUUCCAGCCCGAGGCCAACGACAGUGGAGAAGCAAGAGCAGAGCUGCCAGCGGCGGAUACCGGUCUGAAUCUGAAUCUGCUGCAAUUCAAACAGCUGAUCGACCUGUACCAGAGGCAGGUGCUGCUGCCCAGCUUCCUGGCCGCUGCCAGCAACAGCCAGCCGAUGGCCCCACUGGACAUGCGCCUGCUGCUCGAGAAUGCCGCCCAACAGAAGAUGAUGCUGAUCAAUGCAGCCGCUGCCAGUGCAGCAGCAGCAGCUGCAUCAGCGGCGGCGGCGGCAGCCACUUCGUCAGUGGGGACACCAACGCUGGGAAUGAGCAGCACGGCGACGACAACGGUGACGGUGACGCCGCCUCGGCCAACCCCGAAGCGGGCGCGGGAUCACGACAUUCCCAGCGGGUACCUGAAGUUCCGCUUCAACGAGGACUGCGGCUUCGAUCGGUGCGGGUACAGGAACCACCAGUCGCACUUCCACUGCAACCGGCGGGACUGCCACUACAGCUUCUGCGACAAGACGCGCUUCGUGCAGCACACGGCGCGGCACGAUCGCAUGGACACGCUGAUGGGCGAUGAUUUCCAGCAGUUUCGGGCCAAUAUGCGCUGCGGCGUGGCCAGCUGCUUGUAUGCCUCCGGCUGUCCCGAAGAGGCUUCCCCAGGGGGAGCAGCAGCCAAGAAGACUUCGCACUUUCACUGCCGCAAGUGCGACUACGUCUGCACGGACUCCAACAAGGUGGUGGCCCACCGACGUCUGCACCUGCGCCUGGACUAUGUCCGCUCCGCGGGCUUCCGCAAGGUCACCAGCAGCGAGUCCUGCAACGUCCCGGCCUGUUCCUACGCGCUGCGGCACACCCACUACCACUGUGUCACCUGCAGCUGCAGCGUCCUCACCCGGGCACAGCUCGCCUCCCACAAGCACAGGCCGGCGGGGGCGGGCAGUGGCCAGCCCAAGUCGGAGGGAGCUUCUGCCUCCGACCCAGAGACCAGACCCAUCAUCCCCAGCCCCUAGCCCCUAGCACAUGUACAACAAACCCACCCACCCAUGAGAGGCAGCCGAAAGGUGUGAAUUGAGUCAAGCUAAAAUAAAUGCAG